AAGGAAAAAUGAAAAUGUAAAAUGUACAAGUGGUUUUUCAAAGAAGAAAAAGGAAGGCGAAUCAGAAUAGUUCUCGCAAAAAGAAGGCAUAGUAGUCGGAAGAGGGAGCUAAUUGUAGUGAAUUUUGGAAGGGGAGUAAUAAGUGUGAGCGAAUCAGAGAAGGAAUUGAAGUUGAAGAAGUAAAUAUCUUUGUUAUCAGAUAGAUGGUGAAGGAAACGGAAUACUACGACGUUCUUGGAGUCAGCCCCACGGCGACCGAGACCGAGAUUAAAAAAGCAUAUUACAUCAAGGCUCGCCAGGUUCAUCCAGAUAAGAACCCAAACGAUCCUCUUGCAGCACAAAAUUUUCAGGUUCUGGGGGAGGCUUACCAAGUAUUGAGUGAUCCAGCUCAACGACAAGCAUAUGAUGCCUACGGAAAAUCAGGAAUCUCAACUGAUGCUAUUAUUGAUCCAGCAGCAAUCUUUGCGAUGCUUUUUGGUAGUGAGCUUUUUGAAGAAUACAUCGGCGAGCUGGCCAUGGCAUCAAUGGCUUCACUAGACAUUUUCACAGAAGGGGAGCAAUUUGAUGCUAAAAAGUUGCAAGAAAAAAUGAGGGUUGUUCAAAGGGAAAGAGAAGAAAAGCUUGCUGCUAUUUUGAAAGAUCGACUAAAUCAAUAUGUUCAAGGAAACAAAGAGGACUUUGUUAGUCAUGCACUUGCUGAAGUAGCAAGGCUUUCUAAUGCAGCUUAUGGUGUUGACAUGUUGAAUACGAUUGGCUACAUAUAUGCAAGGCAGGCAGCAAAAGAGCUUGGGAAGAAGGCAAUAUAUUUGGGUGUGCCAUUUAUUGCCGAAUGGUUUAGAAACAAAGGGCAUUUCAUCAAAUCCCAAGUAACAGCAGCCACAGGAGCAAUUGCUCUUAUUCAGCUGCAAGAGGACAUGAAAAAGCAACUCAGUGCAGAAGGAAACUACACAGAGGAAGAGCUUGAAGAAUACAUGCAAACUCACAAGAAGUUGAUGAUUGAUUCUCUGUGGAAGCUUAAUGUAGCUGAUAUUGAGGCCACUCUUUCCCGUGUUUGUCAGAUGGUUCUUCAAGACAACAAUGCUAAGAAAGAGGAGCUCCGAGUACGAGCAAAGGGUUUGAAAACUCUUGGUAAAAUCUUCCAGAGGACCAAAUCGAACAAUGGGAAUGAGAAUGACCCUAUGCUAAACAGUACAAUGCAUAAAUUGAACGGAAAUGAAUCAAGCUUUGAUGCCUGUUCUCCUCCUAUAACUACACCAAAAUCUUCAAAUCUCGAAGAGCCAUCCUAUAGUACAUUUGCAACACAGAGUCCCUAUGUGGAGGCCCCCCAGUUUCCAGGUGCACAGUUUGACCAUAGCUUUCCGAGGCCAACAGCACCACCUGGUGCACAGAGACACCCUUCUACCAGCAUGGAUUAAGGUCUAAGGGAAGAAAAGUUUGAUCCUUUUGUCUUGUAGUAUAACACCUUUUGUAUCAACGUUGAGGGUGUUGUCUUUCGUGCUUUUGUUUUGUAUGAUGUGUUUGCAUGAGUGAUGAUUGCAUGCUGGAUGGCACAACACACCUUCAGGCAGGAGGACAGUCAUUUUCAAAUUUAUAUUUUGGGGGAAAGCAGCAGAAAUAUAUGUACAAUUACAUAUAUAUAUAUAUAUAUAGAGAGAGAGAGAGAGAGAGAGAGAGAGAAGGGGGAGGUUGGGGGGAUAGUUGUCGAAGGUAGUAGUAGUAGUAGUAGUAUUCAUAGUCACCCAUAUUAAUGGCUGCCCAUGUUAUGUGAAUGGUGUAUUUUGCUGGAGGGAUAGACCUUAUGUUUUGAUUUCACAGGUUUGUCAUUUGGGCUCUUUUGAUUGAUAUUAUUUGAUCGCUUUGAAAAUUUAUGUGUUUGUGUUUA